AUGCAAAUCAACAGCAUCGCAAGAACAUAUCUCAACCCUUUUCAUCUCCCUGAAGUGCUUCCCCGCUGUGGGGGCGACCCUGCCCUAUAUCCAACGACCAUCGGCAUCAACAAACCACUCCCUACCAACCAUAGCUCACUUCGUACCCCAAAAGUACACGGCGUGCGUACAAGAAGAGAUUUCUCUCAUCAUGCGACCCAAAAAGGUCGCCAUCAUCGGCAAGUAUUCCCGCCUGGCAAAGAGCCAUCUCUGAGUCCAACCCCGCCUUACAAUAUUACAGGUUCCGGCCCCUCGGGCCUCGUCACGGCCAAAACCCUACUGCACAAUUUCCCCCACGGGACUUUUGCGCCGGUGGUCUUUGACUCGCGCCAUGGAGUCGGUGGUCUAUGGCCGAAUCAGGCGCACGGCACGCCAGUGACAAAGGCCAGCACUCCGGGGACUUUGGAUCCCUGGAUGCGGACUAAUCUCAGCCGGUUCACGGUAUCAUUCUCUGAUUUUUCGUGGGAGUCGGCUCUGGGUAGUGCGGAUGUUCCGAUAUUUCCGCAGGCUAGGCAGGUCGGGAGGUACCUGGCUGCAUAUUGCCAGCGCUAUAUUCCUGAGGAAGUGCUCCGGUUGGGCCAGCGAGUUGUUAGUGCUGUACGCUCUCCAGGCGUUGAAGCUGAAUCUAGGUGGAGGAUAUCGUGGGUCAAAGAAAGUGUGCAUGAAACAGAUUCGUCAAAUGACGAAGUCUUCUCUGAAGACUUUGAUUUUCUCGUUGUCGCAUCUGGUUACUUUGCUCGCCCGUACAUUCCUGAUAUCCCGGGGUUGGCGCAGUUCACAGGACAAGUCAUCCACAGCUCAAAUCUUGGAAAGAGUAAUGGUUCACCUGCCGGACAUGGAAUCAGCCCGAGCCAAGGAAAUAUGGCUGUCAUUGGGGGAAGUCUGUCAGGCGUAGAAGCAGCUUCUGCACUUGCACUGAAAGAGUCAUCAUCGAUGUGCAAUCCUGCUUCGAGGUCCCAGGAGAGAGCGAGACAGGCCGUGUAUCACAUAUACUCUCGGCCUUUCUGGAGCUUGCCCACUUACCUUCCCCAUGAGACUGCCGACGACAACAUUUCAUUCUUGCCUUUGGACCUUGCCCUGUACGAUCUGAGUCGUCGCCCUCCGGGUCCAAUAGAGUAUGCUUUGGGUCUAAUUCCGGAGGACAAAGCUGCGAAAACCAAUGAUUACUUUAACGCUCUUCUGGGCACCGAAUACGAGAGAUAUGGGCAUAUGAAUGGUGCCAACUCUGGACAAAAAUCUAGUCCACGACCGCCAUGGGUGGCAAUUGGCAACGAGUAUUCGGAAUUUGUUCGGUCUGGAACCAUCAAGCCAACAAUGGGACGGGCUAUAGCUGUCCAUCCUGAUCCAGACACCGGACUAGCUUCCAUCAAGAUCGAGACCGUCGAUGGGCAAUCAAUGGUCUUGGAGAAGGUGUCAUCAAUCGUGCUGGCUACCGGAUUCACGCCCUUCGAGUCAUUAUCAUUCCUGCCAGCAGAUGUUUUGGCUGCUCUGGAAUACUCCACCGAGGAUCCGUUCUUGCCUCUCGUUCUAGACAAGGGGGGCACUUUUCGCUUGGAAGUACCAGAUAUAGGGUUUGUUGGCUUCUACCGCGGUCCUUACUGGGGCAUCAUGGAGAUGCAGGCCAGAUUCCUUGGCGAGGCAUGGACCGGACAAAUCAGCGAGAAUCUGAAGACCGAAGGUCAGCGAGAAAACCUCCGAGUUCUGAGACAGGUCGACUCCCAGAUUCACCGCGGUCAAUUUCCCAUGGGCGACUACGUAGGGCUGAUGGAAUCUUUCUCCGCAGACCUGGGGAUCACCCGCACCGAGCUCACAAAUGGCGAAAAUCAGUUCGGGCCUGUUGUUCCGGCUCGAUAUCUCCACGGCGUGAAUACUGUGGGAAAUUUCGAGGUUCAACAAACCUUGAAAAGUCUACAAGCCAACUUGAACCCCCAUCACGGCGCCGCUCAGGCAGCAGCGGCACUGGCUAUCUUUAGAGCUCUUCAUGGCAGCUGGCAAGCCACUCAGUUGGCUACAGCCACGGGCAUGGUUGAGGCCAAUGGAACCGCGGUCUUUCACCCUCGCUACCCUUCCGCCCCAGAAUGGGACAAAGAGUAUGUCUGUGAAGAGCAAUUGGAGCCGACGUACAAGGAAAGUGGGCCCACUGCGAUACCAGCAGCACAAUGGAUCUUUCGUUUAUCGGAAGCCGGCACCUCCCAUGCCCCGCGAAUUGGAGUAUGGGCUGUGGAUCCGGAAAAUACCACAAAGUCCGCUCCCGAUGUUUGGUUGAAGCUGACACCGUUCUAUCGCAAGAAGAAAGAUGGAGAGUAUCUUUCCGGAGAAUAUGUGAUUUACGCCCAAAGUAUACGCCUGACUGAUGCCAGUGAUACGACUGAGAGAACCGUAUCUGAACGAAAAGAGUAUACUUUCCAUUUCACAGGGGUCUCGAUUGCUUCCUGGGAGUCUGUGACCUAUGAGACUGGAAUAUCCGAAGGCAAAAGUAUUGCCAAGGACCAACGUGGUGCGCGCUCACGAACUGUGUAUGAACGAUAG